GUCCCCUAUGGACAUUUUCCCGCUUCGACUAAACGCCCACUUCCUUCCAGCCCAUUGGCGCCUUCUUUGCCAGUAUCCUCUUGCAUCUUCACUUUCGUUUUCGGGUUCGGGCCACCAGCACUUCAUUUCCGCCACGUCUACAACUUGCGGGUGGCGGGCAAAGAGGAGGGAGGAGGCUUUCCAGCUUUCUGCCCCAAGUUUACCCCGCUCGCUGACCCACAGCGGCGGAACUCUCUUCGUGCAGCCCCCGACCCCGCGCUUUGCAGGCAAGGAGAUGCAUCAAUGGCAGCCGCUGCUGCCGAGGAGGAUCCGUCUGUCACUCUCCAGGAUGAAGCCACUUGCUCCAUCUGCUUGGAUUACUUCCAGGACCCGGUGAUGAUCAUCGACUGCGGGCAUAACUUUUGCCGGGUCUGCAUCACCCAGUGCCAGGACGGGUCGGAUCACAGCCGCUCCUGUUGUCCUCAAUGCAGGAAAGCCUUCCCUUGGGACAACCUCCGGCCAAACAGGCGUUUGGGGAAUAUGGCAGACCUGAUCCAACGGUUCCGCCAGCAACGAGUGAGCGAGGCCGAUGGAGAGCAGAAGGCGUGCGAGAAGCCAAAGGGAGCCCCGAAGGCGUGCGAGAAGCACAAGGAAGCCCUCAAACUCUUCUGCCUGGAGGACAGAAGCUUCAUCUGCCUGGUCUGCCGAGAAUCCCGAGCUCAUAAAGCACACACUGCUUUGCCCAUAGACGAGGCUGUCCAGGAUUACAAAGAUCAAAUCCACAGUUGCUUGACAACAUUGAAGGAGGAGAGAGACAAAAUUCUGAAGACAAAAUGGUGCAAUGAGAAAAAAAUUCAGGAAAUGAAGAGAGGUAUGGGAUGCACCAGGCAGCACAUUGUGUGCAUGCUUCCAAAAGAAAAACCCAAGACCUGGUUGGCCCUGCUAGAUGCCUGUGAAGAGAACAUGAAGAUGUUUGAUGAAAUUGCCAGUGACUUCUCAGAGCGCAGUUCUCAUCUCGCUAAGCUGAUACAAGAGAUAGAAGGGAAGUGUCUGCAGUCUGCCUUUGAAUUCUUGCAGGACAUUGAUCUCUUGCUGAGCAGAUGUGAGACAGAGACAUCUGGGAAACCUAAAGCUGAUCUGGAAAGGAAAGAUAAGUUGUUCUCUGAAAAAAUGCUGUUGGUUCAGAGCAAGUUGAAUGAGUUUUCAGCACCUCCAAAACUGGCCAAUGAAGCAGCAGGAGGCUACCGCUGCCCACCACCACAGCACCUCAGUCGGCCCAGGAAUGCAUCUGCUGCUGCCUUUCCAAGCACCUGCUGUUUGGCUCCAUCUCCUGCCCAUCCUCAGCAGUGGCAAGGUGGGCCAGCUGCCGCAUACUCACCUGCCUGGCAAGGUGGGCCAGCUGCUGCAUACUCACCUGCCUGGCAAGGUAGGCCAGCUGCCGCAUACUCACCUGCCUGGCAAGGUAGGCCAGCUGCCGCAUACUCACCUGCCUGGCAAGGUGGGCCAGCUGCUCCGUGGUCUCCUGCCCACCCUCAACAACAGCGAACACAUUCCAGAGAACCUUGGGAUCUUCACCCAACCGUUGAAUCAUUGACCUUUGAUGAGGAGACAGCCCAUCCCUGCCUGGUUGUCUCCAGAAGUGGCAAAAGUGUGAGAUGGGGAGACGACUUCCUGUUCAACCAGUACCCUUGUGCCCAGAGAUUUGAACAGAGCCGCUGUGUGCUGAGUUGCGAAGGAUUCAACUUUGGCUGGCACAUCUGGAAUGUGGAGGUGGUGGAGGAGGGGCCUUGGGCUAUUGGGAUUGCUAUUGAGUCUGUGAGAAGAAAGGGGCCAAUUCACCUGCACCCCAAUGAGGGGAUCUGGGCCAUGUCAUUUAGCAGUGGCAACUACUGGCUUCAUACCUCCCCUAAGACUCCUCUGGCUCUGAGCUUUGACCCUACCGUGAUCGAGGUUGGUCUACAGUAUGAAACGGGCCAGGUUACAUUUUCAGACUAUCACAGUGGGGUUGUCCUGUGUGCUGUUGAUUCCCUCUCCUUCAUGGGGGAAGCUGUCCAUGCUUUCUUCCGUAUUGGAAGCCGAUCCUGCCAACUCAGAUUAUGCAGCCCGGCUUACCUCGCUACCAUUUCCCAAAUGUAGUCUAUGGACAGGAAUUGGGGGGGGGGAGGACUAAUAUGACGUUGAAGAGGCCAAGCUCUCAACCCAGAGGUUAUUCCCCCCCCUUCCUGCUGAUAAAGAUUUCAUCCAUACGCAUCGGAAGGAAUCGAAGGCUGCUGUAGAGUAGUGGCUAAGACUGAACUAUGGAUUAAGAAGUCUUGGGUUUGAAGGUUGCCUCUGCCAUGAACUCAUUAGGCAGCCUUAGGAACAUAGGAAGCUGCCUUAUACUGAGUCAGACCCACUGGUCCAUCUCGCCCAAUACUGUCUACACUGACUUGCAGCAGCUCUCCAGGAUUUCAGACAGGGAGUCUCUCCCAGUUCUACCUGGAGAUGGCAGGGACUGAACCUGGGACCUUCUGCCUGCAAGGCAAGAAGAUCUGUCAUUGAGCUGCAGCCUCAGGCAAGCCACCACCUAUCGCCCCAAAUCUGCAAUAUAAUGAUAGCAAGUAAUCUUGCAGGGUUAUUACAAGGAUUGCAAGUGGGUAAGUAAUGCACGUGAAGCACAUAGAAGAGAACACCAUAUAAAAAAUGUUGGCAGUCUUGUAAGAGCAGCAGAACCUUUCCCCAUCCUCGCUUGUUUCCCUUUUAAAAAAAAAUUAUGCAUAAUAACAAACAUACAACAUAUAAAUACAUUCACCCUAUUCAAAUUCAAAAGUAAAAACAUGGGGUGGUAUCAUACUAAAUCGGUCUGCUUGUGCAAAUGUACUUAACUGCGGCACAACUUCCCCUCUCCUCUCCCCACAUGCCCCCCAAAGCGUUUGGGAUUUUACCCCAAGCCUCCAGAACAGAUUUGGGGAGGUGCGUGGGGAGAGGACAUUGAGAAGUUCCUUUACACAAGUGGAAAUCCUUGCUCUAGCAGUUCGUUACCGUCCCAUGUAUGUACAAUAUACAUACACGCACAAUUUUAGUGCUAUACAUAUACAUUUAUAUUAAAUUUGUAGUAAGUCUUCAAAUAAACAUUUAAAACCUUUUAUAAAAUCUAUAAAUAUAAUUUAAUAGUAAUUAUGUCAUCAGUGAAAACACGAAAGCAUGUGUUUUCAAAUUGCUUUUUCCCUCUCUCGCUUACCGUUUUGUCAUCUUUGCAACAUUCCAUACAUUGUUAAAACCAAGGGAGUAUGAUUAGAUCACUGUUUCACAGCCAGCAGCAUUUUAGCUGCACUUAAAUAAAUUUCCUGCUGAAGAAA